AGCUGCUGUUUCCUGUGUAUCCGGAGUCAUGGGGAACGCCCACACCAUCUUCAACAAGACGCCCUACACCUGGUACUACCGCACCGGCUGGAGGGAAGACACUGACAAUAGGCUGCGAGGCCACAGCUCCGGCGAGUACCUCCACGCUGUGCCUCCGUUCGACAAAGUGUCGCUGAAGUAUGGAAACCACAGCAACUGGGACCUCCGCUGUUCAGGGGGCGGAGCUUCAUACGACCUGAGAGAGAGCGACGACCGCCAAAAGUUUGAGCUGGUCAACAACGUGUCCGGCUUCAUCGUCGACAGCUGCCCCAACUUUGCCCGACUCGAAGAGGAGCAGCGAGAGAAGGAGCGACAGGAAAAGGAGAAGGAAGAGGAAGAGCAGCGCGAACGCGAGAAACGGCAGGAAGAGGAGCGGCGGCGGAGAGAGGAGGAGGAGAGGAGGCGGCAGGCCCAGCUGGAACGAGAGAGGAGGAUCCAGCAGCAGAUCGACGAGGAGAACCAGGCCUCCCGCCGUAAGCUGACACAGGCUUACCAGGACCUGCAGGAGGAGCAGAACCUCCAAACUCGGACGUUCCACCAGCAGCAGACGAUCCUCCUGCACCAGCCGGUGGACGACCACACCGCUCAGAUCGACAGAGACGAGGUACGCUCUCUAUUUAUUACUGAUGACACACGGGGAGGGGAGAAGGUAGUUGGCAUCUGUUACAAGAGUUCCAGUAGAUGUUCAAAAUGUCUUCAAGAACCAAAAAUAAAAGAGUCUCAGUCAUCUAGGUCAUUGUAUCCUAAGAGCUUCAGUGGAAGGCAACUGGACUUCAUCUUAAGACUGGACUGGACUCAGAGUGAACUUCUCUUUUUGGUUGUUCAAGUCGUUUUGGUAAAUGUGGACUUCUCUUUUUGGUUGUUGAAGUCGUUUUGGUAAAUGUGGACUUCUCUUUUUGGUUCUUCAAGACAACCUUGACACCAUGGUUUCACUUUUUCUUUCUUUAAGAUGUUCUUGAGAACGUCUUAAAGCUGGACUAGUGUAACCCCUUCGACUCUGCGUUGUGUUUGUUUUAUUAAUAAUGAGUCGGAAGGCAGAACGGUAUUUUCCCAUUUAUUGGUUCACCUGGCAACACAAGAUCACUCUGGUCAGCGGGCUCAGGCGUCUCGUGCGCAGCGCUCUGCGAAAGGAGCAGCACGGUUAUAACAGCUCAUGUCCGCUAACUAGCUAGCUAGCUAAUUAGCGGACAUUCUCAAUCUCCCCAACCAAUGCACACAGACAAACGACACACAUAUCCACACAUUCCUGUGAACAUUAAUGUGACUGAUUACACACUCAUAUUUCCAAAAAUAAACAGAAUAAACUCAUAACACAACCAUUCAUGAGCUGGUGCUGUGCUCCGCAACCUACCUCAUGCACGCCUCUCGGGAACUGACGGCGCGACACACGUGACACACCACAGCUCCCGAGAGGGCGCCACUGAGCCGACAACCAAUCACAGCAAGUGGAAUUACAGAAUUACACACAUACAUACUGUUACACUCCCCCCUGCUAAAUUCCACUUGCACCCAAUUGAAAGAAAAAAAAGAAAGAAAAAAAUUUUUACCAGCAAAACAGACAACCAUGCCAGGCACAAGAACCCUAACAGCAAGCAAGUCACCAAAACACAGAAAAGAAAAACAUUGUCAUAAAAUAUGAAUCCUAUUCAUUUCAAAUGAGGACAGUUUCAGAAAAUUACAGUCACAGACACCCAGUAAUAAUACUACUCUUAGAAAAGUCAGUGUGAAAAGAAGUUGGCCAGACCUCUCUAACACACACAGGAAAAAACAUGCCUGUUACAUAUUUCAUAUACACUGUAACUGCAAAUUACCUCAAUAUAGGAAAAGAAAACACAGGAGAUUCCAUAAAACCCAUCUCUUACAUGAAAUAUCUCAUAAAAAAAACAAUACAUCUGUAA